AUGGCUUCAUCUGAUCUGCUGUAUCCAAUAUUCUUGAUGCCUUGGAACCUGUCAUUCUUGCACACCAACACGUUUCUUAUCGGUGGUCAGCUUGGUCAGGCCUUGUGUAAGCUUGUCCCUUUCAUUAUUUCCGUUUCCUUUGUCGUUUCCACUCAGAAUCUGAUUCUGAUAGCGGUGGAUCGCUUUGGAGCCGUGGUAUUUCCACUCCGUUCACCACUCAUCACAUCCAAACUGUGUCCCUUCUUCAUUCUCGCUACAUGGAUAGUUGCCGCAGCGGUCAGUUCGCCAGACUUGUUCACUUACGAGCUCGUUGAAUACCCAGAGGGAACCUGCAGGUGUGUUGAGAACUGGAAGACUGAAGCAUUCGGAGAGUCCUCAUCCUUUGCCAGAUUCUCAUUAGCUUACUACAUUCUGUUUAUAUACAUACCUGUGCUGUUGCUAGUCAUUCUUUAUUCCAUCAUUGUUAUCAAGCUCAAGACACAGGUACACCCAGGUGAACAGUCCGCCAACAGUCAGUAA